CUCCAUACGUCUUAACGAAUGUAAGUUAGUAGAGCGAGAUCAUUGUUACUAGCGUUGAUACUAGUCGGGGGUGGUGAAUGUGUGAUUGAAACACAAAAUAAUAAUAAUCAUAUACAGUGGUUUUAACUGAAGGACGAACAGUGUUAAGACAUCCAGCCCAAAAUGGUUAAUGUUUUGAAAGGAGUUCUCGUUGAAUGUGAUCCAGCUAUGAAGCAGUUUCUUCUGUAUCUGGACGAGACGUCAGCACUGGGGAAAAAGUUUAUAAUCCAGGAUUUGGACGACACACACGUUUUCAUCCUGGCUGAAGUUGUGCAGAUCCUCCAGGAGCGAGUUGGAGAACUAAUGGACCAGAAUUCAUUCCCCGUCACUCAGAAAUAAAUGUGUACCUACUACCUACGGUCUGUGGUAGCAGGUGAAAUUAGAGAUUAUUUGAGCCAAUUGCACAACAAAGCAUCAACAAAGAUGCACCUGCAAGAUAUAGAUGGUAGUCUACCAAGAUGUUGCCUAUUCAUGGUUUAGAUGGCUGUGGCAUCCAAAUUUGAAAGAACUUGCAAGUUUUGCAAAUUCUUUAAGAUUAAGAAAGUUUCAAAGAGUUUGUUAUCAUUGCUAUGUUCUGACACUUUUAGAAAUGUACGGUUAAAACUAUUUGUGUUUUGCGAGGGAAAUGGCAUUCGUAAAAAUAUUAAUUACGUUUAGUUUUUCAACGUUGCAAAAUAAAAACAAAUUCAAAAUUAUAAUUUAUCAUGUAUAUCCAUAAUAUAUAUGGAUGAUGUACAAAUGAAAGAGAUGCAGGCUUUGUUAGUAAAAUAAAUAAAAAAACAAUAUUACAAA